AUCUCCCUGUGUUAUUUAUUUCCCAGAGUGAGAGAUGGCGGGCGGUGGGAGUGCUCCGGUGAUCCGGGUGGACGUGCGGGCUCUCAGGGAGCUUCCGAGGGACCGGGUCCACCUGCUCCCCGUCUCUAUCGAGUCCGACGGCCAGGCCAGCGUGGACCAGUACUUCACACCGGCCAUCCAUGACUGCGGGGGAGAGAUGGAAGUGUCGUUCCGUGGCAGGGCGCUGCGAGGUCGCGAGCUUCCUGUACCUGAUGGGUUUGUCGGGCUGGUUUUGAAGGAGGACCAGAGGCCAUGUUCGGACGGGGAGGAGCGAGCGUUGCGAGUGAAAUCUGCCUUCGACUCACUCACCUACUGGAACCUGGAGAGCAGGCCCACCAUGGAUGACCGGGUAGCCAUGGCGAUGGGCUGGCCCCUCCUCGCCCAGGCCAUUCACGCUGCUGUGGGAGAAUAACGAGGCACUCUGCUCCCGACCACCGCGACAGACAACAGGCAGCUCCUCCUCUUCCUCUGUCUACCCACCCACCCUCCAGCGAUGUUGGUGCCCCUCGUCAAACAGAAAUAAACUGCUUUUAAACUUCUGAA